GGCUCUUCUGAUUCGCUACCAAGAAUCGGUUCAUUUGCGCAUGACACAUCACUUAUUCCCAGCACUCCAGCGGCUGUGGCGAAAAGAUGCAGACUAUUAAGUGUGUGGUGGUGGGUGACGGCGCGGUGGGAAAAACCUGCCUUCUCAUCUCGUACACCACCAACAAGUUUCCCUCUGAAUACGUCCCCACGGUGUUCGACAACUAUGCCGUGACGGUGAUGAUUGGUGGGGAGCCGUACACUUUGGGACUGUUUGACACUGCAGGUCAGGAGGACUACGACAGGCUGCGACCCCUCAGUUACCCUCAGACCGACGUCUUCCUCGUCUGCUUCUCUGUCGUAUCUCCCUCCUCCUUCGAGAACGUCAGAGAGAAGUGGGUGCCGGAGAUUUCCCACCACUGCCCCCGGACGCCCUUCCUGCUGGUCGGGACUCAGGUGGAUCUGAGAGACGACGGCAACACUCUGGAGAAGCUGGCCAAGAACAAACAGCGAGCCCUGACCUGCGAGAGCGGAGAGAAGCUGGCCCGCGAGCUCAAGGCCGUCAAAUACGUCGAGUGUUCGGCUCUGACGCAGAGAGGACUGAAGAACGUGUUCGACGAGGCCAUCCUGGCAGCUCUGGAGCCUCCAGACAACAAACCCAAGAAACGCUGCAUCCUGCUAUAGACGACACAAGACGAAGAGGAAGAAGAAGAAGAAGAAGAAGGAGGAGGUGGAGGCAAACGGGGAAGAGAUGAUGCCAGACGGGAGGGAGGGAGGGUAGAAACAUGUUUAAACAGUGCCUUCAGUCAUAGUGACUUAACUCUGGGUGUUGGAACAGAACGAGAGCUUCAUUUUCACACUCCUCACUCACUAACUAACCAGGAAACAGGGUUUUUUUUUUUUGUUUUUUUUUUUUAGCGCCUCGAAAGAUGGAGUCACGUUUAUGAAACCGACUUAAACCAUCUCCUCAAGAUCAGAGUCGACUGACAGGGGCCCCUGCGCCCGUCUGGAAAAUGAUUCGGUUGAUUAUUCGUCUGGUUCUCGUGUUAAUUUAAAUAUAUAUGCACCUAUAUAAAUGAUUUCAAUUUAAGUAAGCUGAUUUGAAACUAGAAAGAAAAGCGCCUGUAAACUGACUUCAUCCGUCACAAUUAAAGAAGCAGAAUCCAGCUCAUUAGGUUCGCUGGCGAGAACUAGUCCUGCUUUAAAUCUUCUCUCAUCAUUGUGUUAGAACAUUAGUGAUGAAGGAAGGUUUACUGCAUCAUAACGCUGGUGUACCUAAUAAACUGGCCGCUGAGUGUUCAGUGCCUGACAUGCAUCGUUGCAAUAAUCUCAAGCUGCAAACUCCUCAUCCUCGCCGUCACAUCAAAACGUUUCUUUUCCAAAGUGACAGAAAUAAAAAAAAAAAAAAAAAACGUAAUUAACUGAGUUUUGUUUGUCGUUCUGUUCUGUAACCAGCAGGGGGCGCCGUUCUCUGCGUUUGCUCUUAAAUCGUUGAAUGUUUGGGGGAAACUCUUCUUGUCCUCUGUCCUUCCUCUCCUUUGCCUUAAAAUCCUUCUUCGUUCUUAUUUUAUUUUUUGUUCUUUUGCCUUCUGGCCUUCGUCUCGUCCUUCUCUGUCCUCUCCGCUAGCGCCCCCCGGAGGCCUUAACGGGAACUACCGCUGGGUUUAGAGCCUCCUGCGUUUCAGGGUCAGUUCUCGUCUUUUAACUUCAACAUCAAACUGGAUCGAAAUGAAAUGAAACUAUCGAGACCUUUAAACUGAAGCUGUUCCCCAUUUAAAAUGAACUGAAAUUCUACUUUCUUAUGUGUUUUCUUCUCAUGACGGUUUAUUCUGAUAAUGUACGGAUGAUUGCAAGUAUUAUAUAGAUUUUUUUUUUUUUUCUUUUUCUCCUUGUUUGUUGUUGUUUCUUGGGGAACAUUAUCGUAGCCGGUGUUUGGACACUUUUUAUUAUUUCUUUUCUUUUUUUUUUUUAUUUUAGAUAUUUUUAUUAUUACUUGACGGUUGAGUGCCAACAGAUGGGUUGAAUAUACAAACUAAAACAAUCCCUAUCAUAACAAUAAGCUUCUGAUGGCAGGAAAACACACACUCACAACAAAAAUAAAUAAAAAUAACUAAAAACGUAAAAGCUGAAGCAAUAAUUACAGACGUGGACGAUUUCUACUCUGUACUGAAAGAUGAAUGUUGGAAGUGGUGGGUGUUUGGAAAUAAUAAAAACAGUACUUGAAUGUU